AUGCUACGCUCCCUAAGCGUCGACGACGAUUACUUCGAGCGCCGGGCACUACGUGCUACAUGCAUCCAGCGAACUCCGCUCGAUGACUUCCACCCCCAGGCCAGCGAGAUCGUGCCAGGUCUAUUCAUCAGCGACAUGUACACCGCAACCUCUCCCGCCACGAUCCGCGGUCUUGGCAUCACCCACGUCGCCUCUGUGGUGAAGCGUGGCUGCCCACGCUUCCCUACCGGCAUGGACCAUAUCUGCAUUCCUAUCGACGACACGCACGACGCACACCUCAUCGAGUAUCUCGACUUCACCAUUCGAUGGAUCCGACGCGCCUUCGACCGGAGAGGACAAGUGAUGAUCCACUGCAUCUGGGGGAUGAGCCGCAGCGCCAGUGUCGCAAUAGCCUACCUCAUGGCGUCCAAGGGGUGGUCGCUGGAAGAUGCACUUCGGCACACGGUGUCGAGGCGGCAAGUGGUGAGGCCGAAUAGCGGCUUCAUGCGGCAGCUGAAGACGUAUGAGCAUAUCUUGAAAGAGAGGGCGCGGAUAUGCGCGGAGCGCGAGCUCAAGUGGAGCAUGAAGCGUCUAGCUCUUAGUAGUGAUGCUCAUGCACUAUCACAAAGUGUUUGA